AUGCCGAGAAGCGACGAACAUAAUCAUCGACGAAGCAUCUCGACUCCACCAUCGGAUCUCUUAGCGAUGAUCGCGAGCUUCCAACAUUUAAGGGAGAUCACCCUGAUCGGAGACUCGGAGCAUCUAGCCCCAUUCUACCCAGCGCCAGAUGGAGCGGAAAUCAAGAAGUAUGCAGGAGAAGCGGAUCUGGUACGAUUGAAGAAGUACCCGAAAGCAGUCGUCCACUUGGAGAAGAUAUUCCGGGCGCACCCCCCUCAUCACUCGGAACGUCUUGCGAAAUUGCUACCCUUACCGAGUGGAGCCAGUCUCCUUCCCUGGACGCUGACGCCGAAGAAUGAACAGGGAGCGAUGCCGCCGAAGAGACAGCGACAGCGGACCUUGGACGGUCACGAGUGGCCGGGAAGCCAGAUGCAGACAUUGGCGUCAUUGCCAAUGAUUCCAGAAUCCGAUCUUUCAAUUCCGCGCAAUUUGAUUACUACUGUAGAAAGUGUACAAUUUACGUUGUUGUGUAUUACGGUACCAUUCUAUUCAGUGUUAUUACUAUUUCUAAUAGACGCCCAAAUUCGGAAUCAUGAAUGGCUGAAUAGUCCGUUCUUCAAAUUAUGUAUCAGCACGGCAGUUAUUGAUUUGAUCACAAUGUUAAAUAAUUAUUUGGGCGCAAUGUUCCCAAAAUGGUCAUUCUUUAUUGAUUUCUAUCUCAAAAUCGGCAAUAUUUAUGGGCAAAUUUAUUUAUACAUUGCAUGGACAACCGGCUGCUGUCAGGCAUUUUCCGUUUCCAUUCUUGCUGCCAACCGGCUAUCCGCCGUCAUUUUUCCUGGAAAUUAUAGUAGUAUGUUCUGGUAUCACCGUAUAUGGAUUCCUAUAUCAAUUCAAUUUGUCCCUGGUUGUCUUCUUGGAAUUAUGACGCUUUUCAAUCCGGCUCAGCUUUAUAGAAACUCCACAAAUGGAAUUGUUCCAAAGUUCACAAUAAACAAAAUGACGAACAUGUUCUAUGUUAUUGGUGGGGUUGUAAUCGGAUCCAAUUGCAUUUUCCUUAUUUAUUUUGCUCAUGCUCGUUUUGGCUUACAAUAUUUCGCCAUGGUAUGCUCUCAAUACCGAUCAAUACUAUUUAAUCCACAGUUGUUUAAGCGAUGUUUAUUCGGGAAUUAA